AAUGUCCAACUGUGAUCAGAAACCUGCUCUGUUAAUGGAAAAACAUGACAUGGCUUACUUGUUAAUGUUAGAGUCUCAAUUGCCACAUAAAAAGUUCCGUUUGCCAUAUCAAUGUUUUCCGUUAACGUUGAAUGUUUUAGUUCACGAGUGUGCAUUUUUGUCACAUUUUAAAAUAAUUUGAGGGUAUUUCUGUCGACAACAAAAUUUGGGAUUAUCAGCGACAAAAUAAUUUAGGUGCAUUUUUGGUGGUUUAUCCUUUUUUUGGAUGAUGUGUUUUGAAUCAAAAUGUUGUUUGUGUUGUCCUAGGUUGUUGUGCAUAGAACAUGCAUAUGGUCGUGUAAACUUUGCGUUCCAAAUAUUCAGCUCUAGAACCAACUUGGGUUGAUUGAGUGGUUAGCUCACUUGUCCGCUUAAGAAAGUAUCAAGAUAUGAUGAGAAAUCAAAAUAUUUGGCUCUAGCAACUAGAGGGAUAUAUUAGAAGUCUUUAGAGAAAUGACUUUUAUAAGGAGCUAUAAGAUCUUCCUUUCAAAAACAAUGAAUGUUUCUGGUUUUCAUCAAUAAGUUUAAUGUGUUCUAUUACAUAUACUUGCACUAAUGGUGGAAGAAGCUAUGAUAUAUUUUUGAAUAAUUAUCUUUAACUAGCUACAAUUUACAAUAAGGCACUCAGACAAUGUUUGAUCCAUGUAGUCGAUUCUACCUAAGGGGGAUCGCUUAGUCUCUUAUCGGAAUUCCUUCAAUGGCUGAAGAUACUUUGGAUCUUGAUUUGCCUCAUAGAAGUUCCGGCCUUUUAAGAGAUCGAGUUCAUUUGGUUAAAAGGAAAGACUUGGAUCGCUAUGAGAUCGCAGCAAUCCAAGAUCAGUUAUCAUUCGAGAAAGGAUUCUUUAUAGUAAUCCGCGCGUGCAAGAUGUUGGCGCAAAAGAAUGAUGGAAUGAUAUUGGUAGGUGUGGCAGGUCCUUCAGGAGCAGGGAAGACUAUGUUAACAGAAAAGAUCCUAAACUUCAUGCCAAGCAUUGCAGUAAUUUCCAUGGACAAUUACAAUGAUGCUAGUAGAAUUGUUGAUGGAAACUUUGAUGAUCCACGCUUAACGGAUUAUGAAACAUUGCUCCCAAAUUUACAUGAUUUAAAGGCAGGAAAGGCAGUCCAGGUUCCUAUAUAUGAUUUCAAAUCGAGUUCACGAACAGGAUACAGAACUGUUGAUGUUCCAAGCUCCCGAAUUGUGAUCAUAGAGGGAAUCUAUGCCUUGAAUGAGAAGUUACGGCCGCUAUUAGACCUUCGAGUAUCUGUCACCGGUGGAGUACACCUUGACCUUGUUAAAAGAGUUAUACGCGACGUACAACGAGCCGGACAAGAACCUGAAGAAAUCAUUCAUCAAAUAUCAGAAACUGUAUAUCCAAUGUACAAAGCAUUUAUUGAGCCAGAUCUUCAAACUGCACACAUCAAAAUCAUUAACAAGUUCAAUCCAUUCACUGCAUUCCAAAGUCCUACAUACAUAUUAAAGUCAGCAAGGAAUGUAAUAGUGGAACAAGUUAAAGAUGUGAUCUCCAAAGAUUUUCGCGAAACAAAGGAGCAGACUUAUGACAUAUAUCUUCUACCUCCUGGUGAAGAUCCAGAGAGUUGCCAAUCCUAUUUACGAAUGCGAAAUACAGAUGGAAAAUAUGUUCUUAUGUUCGAGGAAUGGGUGACAGAUGAUCCAUUUGUGAUAUCCCCGAGAAUCACUUUUUCGGUCAGUGUUCGUCUCCUCGGAGGACUAAUGGCGUUGGGAUACACAAUAGCAACCAUCCUUAAAAGAAACAGCCAUAUCUUUUGUGAUGAUAGUGUUUGUGUUAAACUAGAUUGGCUUGAGCAACUUAAUAGACAUUAUGUUCAGGUACUUGGAAGAGAUCGUUUACUUGUAAUUAACAAAGCGCAGCAGUUGGGUCUAGAAGGUUCCUACAUUCCUCGAACCUACAUUGAACAGAUUCAACAUGAAAAGCUUGGAAAUGAAGUUAUGGCCCUGCCGGAAGAUUUAAAGACGACGUUGAGCCUCGACGAGGACUUUGCGUCGAGCCCGAAAGAAUUUGCUGACCAGGUUUCCAUGACCAUGAAACAUAAGCAAAUAGGUUUGUCUAGAUCAUUUACAAAUCUAAGAGACAAGAAUCAAGCCAAACUUGGAGGUUAUGUCUCCAACAAUAGAGAUCUUCAUGAAAGAAAUGAUUUGGAUGAAUCAAAAACAAUGGCAAAUGAGGGAGCCAUAACUAAACUUGUGGAAAGAAUUUCUUGCUUAUAUGAUAGAAUGGAUGAUUUUACAAACUACAUUGAAGAGAUGAACUUCAAGUUAUCUCUGAAGAAAAUUUGUCAUUGCCAACAAAAUAUGCACCUACAAGUUGGUUCAUGCAAUGGUUGUUCUUCCACCUCUUACUUCAUCACUAGCUUGAGCAACGGUUCCUCCGUCGGGUCGCCACCACCAACUAAGGAGUUUAUCUUAAUGGAUGAGAUAUCAGGUAUUGUAAGGGGUCAGCAUCAAAUCAUGCAUCAAUUGGACAAUCUUAAUAAACUACUUGUGGGGAAAAUGGAAGAAAGGACUCACCAAACAAGCCCCAUGAAGAAAGGUGCAUUAAUAAGUGCUACAACACAUUCAGAUUCAACUGGACCACAAGUUGUGAUGGGUUUGGCUUUUGGUUGUUUGGGAAUAUUUUUUGUGAUGGGUAUUUUUUAUAGAUUGAGGUAGCAAGUAGCAACAUUGACUUCAUUCCUUAUAUUUUGUCCACUAUACUUGUUUCAGUUGUACUUAAUAUAAGAUUGGUAGUUGAAGCAGCUAAAUUCAUUCACCUAAUAUGCUACGACCUAGCUUAUAUAAUUAAACUAUUUAUGCAAAUACAAUACAAUAAAAUUGAAAAAACAAAAAGAACAGGUCCAAAUAAUUGAAACUUGUAUCACGAUUCACUUAAUAAGAUUAUUUCAAUAUUCGAAUGGGAAAUAACAUCAUAAUAGUACAUCAAUAUAAAAACCAGUUGUCCAAAUAAGUGUUCAAUCCAUAACACCCCCAUUAUUCAAAUUCAACACUCAAAAGAUAAAAAAGAUGCAAAGUAAACACAAACAGCUCCAAGCAUAGAAGCAUUAAGCACUGCCCCCAAAUAAAGACCACAAA